UGGGCUUUCAGAGCUUGUCUGGUGCUGUAGUUCGUGCUGGAGCAGGAUCCAGGAGAUGCAGAUCUGAAUCCCCCUUUCCCGGCUCAGAAGAGAAGCCUGUUGAUUCAGAGUGCAGGUGUGGUCCAACUUCUCCCAGGAAGAAGGCACUGGAUCCCUGCAUCAAGGGCCCUGCUGUGUAGGCAGCAGGCAGAGGCAAGCAGGAGCAGCUGACAGAGUAGGCUACUGUGGUGCUGAAUGUGAACAGAGCCUCCUUACCAGGGGAGUAGAGAUUAUUGUUUUUCCUUUUGGAGAAGUAAUACCUCUGACUGACUUCUAAUCCAGGAAAACUUUUUGAUUUAAGAAGGAAAAGUUUGCCAAGCAAGCCUGGAGUUGUUCUUCUCCCAGGCCUGCUCUUUGCACAUAUAAUAAUAAUAAUAACUGUUGAAGGCUUUCACGGCUGGAGAACGAUGGUUGUUGUGGAUUUUCUAGGCUGUAUUGCCAUGGUCUUGGCAUUGUGCCAAGAUCUUGUGCCAAUGCCAAGACCGCGGCAAUACAGCCCGGAAAAUCCACAACAACCAAUAAUAAUAACUGUUAACGUGUUAAGGAAUUCACAGAACACCUCUUGGAACGAUCUCAGUAACACUUGCAACUUCCUUGUAAAGUGGUGUUUUCCUCCCCAAACUGUGCAUGGGGUGAGGAACUCAAAAGCUGAAAAUAGGCUCUUGCUUAAGAUUACCUAGUGAAUGUUGGCAGCGGUGGGAUUUGAAAGAAGGAUUUCCCAGCUCCGACCUCCGGACACUGCAGUAUGCCAGCUCCUUCCAGGAGUUUCUUGUUUUUAUAGUGUUGAUAAUGUUUUUACUUUUAAGCCACCUUGAGCAGGACUCUGGAGAGAUGGCAUAGAAAUUCCCUAAAUAAAGUAAGUUUGACUUGUUGCUAGAAAGGCUGUUGCGUGCUGCAGCAGAGGGCAGGAAAAGUCCUGCUCCCUGUGCCCCUGCCUCCAGAGUUGAGGUGGGGUGUUGUUUGUGGUGGUGCCUCGCCUCUGGAAUGCCCCCCCCUUGAGGUUUGUGUGUGGCGCCUACUUCAUUGUCUUUAGGCACCUGGCCAAAAUGUAUCUUUUUGCCAAGGCUUUUAUCUUUCCAACUUGCUCUGCAUCUGUUCUGAGGUCUCUUUUAAUGACUUUUUAAAUGCUGUUUAUGUCCCAUGGCUUCUCGUUUUUAUAGCAAUAAUUUACAAGGUGCCUCAAGCAGUUGUGAUGAGGGGCCAUAGAAAUCUCUUAACUAAAUAUAUGUGGACUCCAUCCCACCUAUCAGUGGGGUUUUUUGGUUGCAAAAUGCUAAUGAAUGCUUCUGUAUCUUUAUUCCUUUUCCCCAAGGAUUCCAAGGAGCCACAUUCAGAAGGUGGCUGCUGCUGGCCAUUGACUUCUGGGUCCCUAGUCAAGAAGCCGCCAAACAGGAAUGAAUUAACAUGAUUGGAUCCACGCUACUGCUUUUGCUGCUGCUUGUCACAGAGACACCACAACCCCUGGCCAACCCUGUGGAAUGCCGAGAGAGCGAGUACCUGGAUGCCCAUGGGAAGUGCACCCCCUGCAUGGAAUGUGGACCUGGACUGGAGCUUUCCAAGGAAUGUGGCUAUGGGGAAGGUAGCGAUGCACAAUGUGCACCGUGCCAUCCCAGGAGAUUUAAGGACAGCUGGGGCCAUCAUGGCUGCAAGCCCUGCCUCUCUUGCAGCCUCAUCAACCGGAUCCAGAAGUCCCAGUGCACGGCCGCCUCGGAUGCAGUUUGCGGAGCGUGCUUCUCAGGCUUCUACAGUAAAACCCAGAUUGGAGGACUGCAGGACCUCGAAUGCUUCCCCUGCACGAAGCAGACCCCCCCUUCCGAGCCUCAGUGCCGUUCAAGAGUUAGCCCCGUGAAGAUAGAUAAUCCUCCCGGACCUCCCCUUGACACGUCCCUGGUGGUGAUCACCACAAGUGCCCUGGUUGUCCUUGUGCUGGUUUCCCUCCUCUCGCUCCUCUACUGCCAGCGGUUCUGGAAGAGCCAAUGCCAGCGUGUGUUCCUGAGGACUCGGGAUUUCUCUGGCCAGAGGGUGUCGUUUCAGGCUGCUGCCAGGCCAGCCGGGUUCCCUUGCCAAGAGCAACUGCCGAGUCCCUGUUGCUUGGGUAUCCAGAGCGCGAGCCCUUGCCACGGACCACUGGAAGGUCCUGCUGAAGCUGCCCCGUUCUUCUCUGAAGGUGAGGUGCGUGGGUUUCAUCUGGCCAGUCCGCAGCCGGAUCAAGACGUCUCCAAGCUGAUCCCGAUCAGUCCCAAAGCCCUGCAGGCGAGGAGCCCCUGGGACACCCAGCCCCUGCUCCGGAACUCGGGCUGCAGCGACUGCUCCGCUGGGGGCUCUUCCUUCACCGAGCUGAGGCACGACUCUGCCGGGGACCCCGACAACCCAACGCCCCUCUCCUCGUGUGCCACUGAGCUGCAGCACCCCUGGCCUCACGCCCCGGUGGAAUGCACAGAGCUGGACCUGCAGAACUUCUCCUCUCGGGCGAAGCUCCUGGACAAAGAGGCUGCUGAAGAGGAAAGGGGGGCCCUGAGAGGCAGGACUGCGCUGGCACCAGUGAGUUGCGUUGACCCAACGGCCCAGGCCAAGCUCGCUUUCGGGUCUCCCCACCACUCAUGCCUGUCCUUCCAAAAUCCUGCUGCUGAAAGUGGGGAGCAGUUGGUAAGUUGCCCCGGCCCUCUUUCCCUGGGCCAGAACAGCCAGAGAGCACAAGGGAGAAGGGACUGACUGGAGCUUGGCUGCUCCGCCUUUCCCUCCCCGGCGGCUGUGAGGCUUCGGCUGCACACAGGCACAACGUACUUUUAGCAACGAGGCUGUGUUUGCUUUGCUGGCCUGUAGUCUGUCCUUCCCAGUGUAAAGGUGGCAGGCAUUUGGGCUUGACUCUCGAGAAAGGAAGGUCUGGGCUCUGCUCUUAACGUUGUGCAUCUAAACUGUGCAGUCCCUUGCCUCGUGACGGAUUUCCUUUUCCUCCUGCAUUUCCUCCAAGGAGCUCAAGGCAGCAUUGGUGAGGGGUCAGAGCUGGGUGGGGAUGGGCAGGCUGAGUCCCCGCUGGCCAUCCUUCAGGGCCAGGGCUCAGCACCCACUGCAGGCCUGACUCCUGUGGUCCUUGUGGGGGCUGCUGAUAGAAUGAUGCUGGCAAGAUUGUCCUGAUGAACCCUCUGGGUGGCUUUUCGUAGCAGGGGGGCGAUGUCCAGAGCCCUGUGGACGAGAUCGGGGAUAUCGCCCGAGUGGGUGAGUGAUGGAGCCCCCUUUGCUGGAGCGGAGGCAGUUGUCUCGAUCCCGUGAGAUCAAGCAGGACUUUAUUCACGUCAUCACCACCUCCCUCAGCGGGCUGCAUCCCUCAGUCCUUGGUGUCAUCUCCUGCUCUGCACUGGGAUCCAACUUUGCCGGGGAUCAGGGACUGCAGUCACGUGGAGAUGGAUCUGGGGCCCCCAACCCACCACCCACUCUGAACCUGAGGAUCCUGUUGCCCAACUGCCUGGAGGUGGAAAUCUUGGUUGUUCUGUUUGCCCUGAGCUCUGCAGAAGUUCCCCUGCUUUGAGGUCGGACUGUUGCCUGGCAGUGAUUUCACGGGAAAGCAGGCAGCUCAGAGUUCCAGGCGCUGGACGGCAGACAACCCCGGCAGCUGGGAGGGCCAGGCCUUCUUGCCGCUGGAGAUGCCAAGGCGGGCAGGCUGCUUGCCAAAAUGGGGUUCAGCUUGUGUAGUGAGAACCAUCACACCUUGAAGUGAAAUCGUGAAGCAGCUUGACAAGCAAACCCAGGUGAUGAUCUCCUUCUUGCCGUUCUUCUUCUGGAUCAUCUUGAUAAUAUUUGCUGGAGAGGCCGUGGCCAGAGGUCUGCUGUCUGUUACAGACAUUGAAGCACAUCCAUUGACACAGGUGGACUCGGGAUCAGCUUUGUUGGGCGGUCCUCUUGUUUUUAGUCUGGCAGCCAACGGCUUGUGGCUGCCUCGCGUGGCUCACUCUUUGUGGGCUGUUCUUCCUUGAAACCACGAGAGCUGAAUGCAUUUCUUUAUUGAUGCUUUACCUUGCUGUGAUUGAAUUCCAUGGAGUGAGGAGCCACCCCGAGACUCCUGCAUCCCUUAAAGAGAAUUGCAUGGCUGCCACUUGAGACGGCAGUGUCUGAUGUCCCUUCCUAACAGUCUUGUUCAGGCCUGACAUUUCCAUUCUUCAUGCCUUUAUUGAUCUGAAUGUUGUGGAGGUCUGUGGCAGCAAAGAGGGGUUGCAUUUGGCUGGUGGUGCCACUUCACACUUGAGAGGGGGGCCGUAGCUUCCUUUUGUUUCUCUUUUGAGCUGUAAUUUUGGAGAAAAGGAAGAUCCCAAAAUGGUGGCUCGUUUUGUUUCCUGAUGAAAGAAAACUUUGUUUCAGGGGGUUGGGGGAAUUUUCAUUCAGGACAGUUUCAGGUGGGUAGCCGUGAAGACCUGCUGAGGAACAAGAAGGUUCGAGUCCAGGAGCACCUUAAAGACCUUCGAGACUUCCAGGUUAUAAGCUUUUGAGAAUCCAGCUCACUUGGUCCAGUACAAGUCGUGUACCUGACAAAGGGCGUCUGACUCUCAGAAGCUCAUGCCCUAAAAAUCUUGCUGUUCUGUAGGAUGCUACUGGACUCGAAUCCUGAUUCAGGUUUAUGCUUUCCGAGUAGAUACAGCUUUAAAAAAAAAAUUCUCUGUUUUCAUUUUAGUCCCUCUGCAGAUGAUGUUAUCUUGCCUUAAUAUUCCGAUGACUUUUGCUGGCCAGGGCAGGGGGCGGGGGCGGCAUCUCUUAGCUUUCUGAAGCUAGUUUUGGCCCUUGGGCAGUCACAGUGGAGUCUCUUUCCCCCCAAAUAUAGAGAAUAAGAUCCUGCCAGACCCAGGACGACCAGCUGCCAAGGAGAUGAAAACGCCUGUCUUUUAACACUGGUAUGGAAAAGAGGACUUGGAGAGGUGCAUUUUCUGCAGAGGAGGUGAGGAAAGCUGCCCUAGAGGAGAUGCCUUCUUCUCUAGCAUGCAGUGGGAGCAAGAGCCUCAGCCCUGUUAGGCGUCGGUCGUCAUAGGCCGAUGUGGGGCCCGAUGUUCUUUUGGCCAGACUGGAAUAUCCCAAGUAUCACUUCCACUCUAGCAACUUCUUGCUGCGUCUGGCAGAUAACAUUACCAAGAAGGUUACCACCCCACCCCACCCCACCCCAAUGCAGGUGCCCAGAGACAGAGGGUUAGACUUCAUAGCUGGGGUUCCUGCAAUAGCACCCCCGUAUAUAGGGUGCAGCAGACCCGGGAGUUCUUGUCGGCAAGAGGAAUUCUUAGUUGAGUUUGAUCAGACUCAAGAGUGCGGAAAUGCUUUCUUUGUUUAAUAAGUGCUGCUUUCAGGAUACUGCUUGUCUAAUGCUAUUUGCUUCCUGGCUUCUGAGGCGCACGGCCGUCUUUCUCUGGGGCAAUUUCCUUGAGCUCACCACUAGAAGCACCAGGGCGUAGGCUUUGUGUUUCCUUCCCCUGGUGCCGGAUUGUGUGCCUGCGGGCAAGAGGGCUGAGUCUUUGCAUUGGCCAUCUAGAUUCUGUGAGCAGAAGGGUGGCCUUCACUUGGUAUUUCAGCACAGAGGGACGGGGGCGCUGUGAGCUCUAGUGGGAGGAGGGAGCCAGGCAAACGCUGUAUGCAGCAGCCCCCCCCCCCCCCGCAGACCUCGUCAGCAGCGUUUGAGGAGCAUCCUUUACUUUAAGCUUGCUGGUUUAUUGUGUUAGGGUCUAUUAAUUGUUACUACAUUUGAAGGUGUAUUUUUGUUAGCUACCUUUAGGAUUAAUAGAAAAGUGAGAUUUUACAUUUUCUAAAUAAAUAAAUGUUCACGUGUGAAUCUUGAUAUAGAUCUAUUGAGUCUGGCAGAGGAAUUGCAUGAUGUGCCUUCGCCUCUGCUUGGACCCCCCCUUCCCCCCCCCCACAGCUGGGUCUGGGGCAGGCACGUGCCUGCAAAGUUUUCUUCUCCCUUUUGCUCCUGUCCAUCUGCCUAGUAACCUUCUUUUCAGCCCCCACUUGACUCCCAUGGUUUACAGUUUUAUUUACAUUUCAAGAAGCAUGGGGACAAUCAAUCCACCAUCAGCUUUUUAGAGUCACCUUCUUAUUACAGGAGCUGAAUGCUGCUCCACCAGCCAGAAAUGGGCCGCCACCUUGGAUUGUUGGGGCAGUUGUUGUGUCGCAGGCAUUGCUUGUGUCUCCCGCUUGCAUUUGAUUUAUUGGGAAGAACUAGAAAAUGCAGCCAAUGCUCCAAAGACUUCUGAACUGUGACUGCACAGCACCCAGCACUGACGGUUUCACAACUCGUGCAAGCACAGGAUUUCUGUAUGCAGGUGUUGAUCUAUUCAGACUCCACUAACAGAUUAAAAUUAGCUUAUUUUGUUAUGUAAUUCAGCUGAAAAUUAGAUUAUAGGAAUUUCCAUUUGCAAUUAGCUCAUCUCUUUUGGAAGAAAGAGUUUUUCACCUUUUUACUGUUUGAGGUAGAUGUGUAGUUUCUGGAAGUGUCUAGCACUCUGGACUAGAGAUGGGCACGAACCGCAUUACGAACUUCAAAAACCCAUGAAAAUGGCGAUCGCGAUCCAGCGGUUCGUGAUUGUCCACGGCAAACGAACCAGCAUUCGGGAGAAGCCUGGUUCGGUGCGUUCAGCUGCGGUUCGGGAAGCCAGACACUCAGGCGCCAGCAAUCAAUUACCCUGGCAACGGAGCCGGGGGAAUGCCUGAACUCUGUCUGUACUCCUCCUGUUGCCCUGGAAACCUGAAUGGAAGCCCAGCUUACCUUGACCAGCAGGUCUUCCUUCCAACCACGGAGCUGCAAAGCAGUUACAAGUUGGGAGAAGACACCCAGGGGAGGGAAGGGGAAGGGGGUGUCCUGUAGCCAUGGGCACUUCAAUCUCAUCCUUGCAAACCCUGAUAGGCGGCUCUGACGGCCAAACACAGACCUGCGUUGCUCAAUGGGACCUGUGCUUAUAAAUAGCCGUGGGCUCCCAGGCUGUUUCACUUUCAGUGAGCAGUAGAGUGGGACAGAGCUCUUGCUUGCCACUUGCUAGCCUUUGGGGAGAGAGACAGAGAGUAUAAUUCAGCUUGGAUUUUUGUGGGAGUUUCCUGGGGGCCUUGGACUGGAGAGGGUAUAACUUCAAGAUCCCUUUUGCAAUCUUGUCCAAACUUGGGUGAUGGCUUUAGGAGAGCUUGCAAAACACUCCCCGGGAAUAUGGGCUCUCUAAGUGCCACGAGGGCUGUUCCACACCCAAUGAACCAUGAACCGUGAAUUGGUUCGGCAACAGAAAAUGUUCAUUGCGGUUCGCGAUCUCAGGAUCAUCGUUGGCACCGAACUACAAACCGCCAGUUCAUUAAAAAAAAUUUUGGUUCGUGCCCAUGUCUACUCUGGACCUUUACCCUUUGUCAAUUGAUUGGAGCCAGCCAGCCAGCCACCAUACUAUUCCAGACCGUCUCCAGAAAUCAUGAGUAGCAGCAAUUAGCAUGACGCUGGGCAAAAUCAGUCCCGCCGGAAGAAUAGUCUUCUUUCAGGAAAUGCCCCCUUUUGCUUUGCUUGUAAGAUGACUGCUGAUGGAGUAGCAAAACCAAUCCUUUUGUAGUCAUCUAAUGCAACACUGUCUGCGGAGCUGCACUUUCUUCAUAAGCAAUUCUUCUUGCAAACUGAGCCCGUGCCUGCUUUAUGCAGAAGCUCCAUUAAAUUCAGUGGGGCUUCCUCAGAGGCACGUUAAAGGACAACAGCCACUCAACAGUCUGCAAACAAAGUCUCUGUCUGAGACCUUGUGGGCUUUCCUUGACCUUUAGUUACACUGAAUCUCAGAAAGCUCCUGUAAUACAGCUUCAUGUUGUGAGCUGCCAUAAGGUGUCUGUAGACAACCCCAAGGUAUAGAAAGGGGUCUUGUAUGAAUUAAAUGUUACAUUUCACUUUUACUGGAAAGAAUUCCCUUUCCUGCGCGUGGGAUAUUGGGGUGAUCUUCUAGAUACACUUACAAUUUUUACUUUAAUGUGCUCUGGAAAAAACGGGGUGUGUGUGUGAAUCCUGCCUUAUAGUAACCCUGUUGCCAGACAGCAGUGAGACUGAACUAGGCAGCGUCCCCACUGUAAAAGCGUGCAGUGUGUGCAGUCCCCAGGGAGUGGGUGAUGCGUCCGACGCCUUCUCUCUUGGGCCCUCAGAAGACAGCAGAAUCUGGGUUGGGCUGGUGCACGACUGUCAGUCCUGGCAAGAGGCAGGUUGCCCCCCUCAGCGAGGAGUACGUGAAAGAUGGUGGGGACGAAGAGCUACUCCUCUACCCGAACUUUCACCAGGACAUCCCAAGCAGAGCUACUGACUUCAGGGAACGCAGAAGGGUCUAACUCUGCUUAGGGCGGCGUUGUUAGAAACUGAGGAGCAGCUUGAUUGAUUUUUUCACAACACAAUAUGAAAAAAUGGCUUAUAGACAGCAGGAGUGUUCUCUAGAGGCCUGACCUGCAAAAGUGUCAAAAGUGUUUGGAUCAACUUUUCGCUGUUUCAUGUGUGUAAUUAAUGAGCAUUAAUCUAUCCAACAAUGAGCAUGAGCAUCUCAUUUCAGUAGGGAUGUAAGGGCUUUGUAUGAUAUUGGCUUCUUAAGGUUUCUUGUAAAGGUUGCCAGUAAGGAGACUUCCAAUUGUUAAGUAUGUAUUGAAUUCCGUAAUAGAAAAUAUUCAUGAUAUUUACAGGGGGCCUAAUUCUUUCACAUAGUUUGAAGUUUUGCAGCCAGGAAUUUCUUUGGGAACCUCAUACAGAGUUGGCAUUUUGUACUUUUAAGUUAUUUUUCAAAAAUAAUGGUGUACAUUUAUAUAUUUUGUAUCUGCUACAUUGUUGCCAAUGUAAUUUAUUAUAGCCGUUUUAAUGGUU